UCGCAGUACGCGCAAAAGUACCGGGCCGAAUGAGCCCGUGCGCAGCCAGCAGCAGCAGCAGCAGCAGCAGCAGCAGCAGCAGCAGCAGCUCGCAGCCGCCAAGAUGAGGCCGAGGCUGUAUCUCGUUUUGCUCGUGCUCGGCGCACUGGCCGUCGUCGGCUCCGAGUCCAAGCUCCAGCAGCAAGCCAUCGACGACGACAGCGACGACGACGACGACGAUGAGUGGGAUGACGAAGACAGCAACUAUCCAGCCAAACCGGAGAUCGACGACGAGGGUCGUAUUUACAAAAAUCCGCGCAACUCACCUUCGGCUCAGUGUCCGCGAGACGAGGAACAAGCGGAGAUCCUCGGCCAGAAGUGCUUGAGAAAGUGCUCGACCGACGAGGAUUGCAAGAGCAAGAAGAAGAAAUGCCGAUGCGACGGAUUUUGCGGCAUGUCCUGCAUCAAGCCCGAGCGCGAAUGUCCUGAGCUCAUGCAGAUCGAGCACGGAGUUAUGCAGCUCAGCGGUAGAUUCUUCGGCGACAAGGCUAACUACACUUGCGACCCCGGCUACUACAUCGUCGGUUUGUCAUUGAGAACGUGCAGGGCUGACGGCAGAUGGACCGGCGUCACGCCGAACUGCAAGAAAGACUCGUCGUCGUUUUGCUCAGUGCCGAAUAAGUAUCCCAAUGCGAGGCAUAAUGCACAGCCCGAGCAGACGACGUUCGAUUUGGAUAGUGUAGUGCAGUACUUCUGUAAUCACGGCUAUGAAACCAAAGGAUCGCCCAAAGCCAAAUGCCUCAUGACCGAGGGUCAAGCUGGAUGGUACGGGCCUGACAUCACUUGCGAGGCUAGAAGCUGCGGUCCGCCGGCUGACAUCGCCAAUGGUUGGCACGCUGGCGAAUGUUACAAGUACGAUUGUCACGUCUCAUAUCACUGUGCUGACGGCUACGAGUUGGUUGGCAAAUCUGAGAAAAUUUGCGUCGCUGACGGCACGUGGCUACCAGUAGAACUUCCAAAAUGUGUCGAGGUGACAUCGGUAGAGUGCGAGCCACCCGACAACCCAGUUAAUGGCAAAGCUAUUUUCACGUCUAUCGCCUACAACUCCGUAGUGUCAUACGAGUGCAAGACUGGAUAUACGAUCGUGGGCGCGGCUACGAGGCGCUGCAGCGCCGACGGCAAGUGGACCGGACUGGCGCCUAGUUGCAGGGAGAUUAAUUGCGGCUCACCUGGUGUUCUUUACAAUGGAUGGAUCGACAACAUUGAAAACGGGACUGGAAUGGGAGCAAGCGUAAUCUUCCGCUGCAAGGAGCAUAUGAAGCUCGAAGGGCACAGCUCGAGUCUGUGCCAAAUGGAUGGCAAAUGGCGUUACCCGCUACCCCAGUGUCUCGCUCCCUGCAUCGUGCCCCACAUCACGCGAGGUCACGUAUACGUCGCCUCGGACGAGCAUGAUCAUAUCAACAACGUGACAGUUGCGGAACAUGGCAAGCGACUGGUCGUGGAGUGCGAGCAGGAUUACGAAUUUGCACUGGCACAUCAUCCAGUCGAGUGCAACAAUGGCACUUGGUCGAUCGUGCCCUCCUGCUCGCCUGCUCGAUGUAAACAGAUGCCGAAGCCACCGAAAAACGGAAUGGUCAUCGCGCCAAAAACGGAUCACGGCAUGAAGGCAGUGUUCAAGUGCAAAGAUGGUUUCGAGAUGAUUGGCGGCGGGCCAUACAAUAACUCAUUUUCCGUCGAGUGUCAAUACGGAAAUUGGACUGGGGAUAUACCCCAUUGCAUCGAGGUUUAUUGCCCGUUCCCCGGUUACGUGCAGAAUGGAAAAGUGCUGCUGGUUGGGAAUAUGGGAGUUUACGAUUACCGUCCGUAUGUAAGGAAGAUCGUCAACAAUAAACAGAUUAUGUACGAUUGCGACAAAGGUUACUACCUGAGUGAAGGACCGCCCGGUGCGACGUGCAUCGGUGGUUCGUGGAGUCCAAAGGAAUUGCCAAAGUGUACCCUAGGACAACACCCACGAAUCCGAUGGAACAGACGUCGUAGGUCCAUUGGUGAUCAGAAGAACGAGACGGUUGUUAUGGCUUACAAGAAGUUCAUCGACUUCUUUCGGAAGAUUGGCAAAAAGUUGUUGGAGUUGGAGAUGGAAAAAAGCCACGAUACUAUGAUUCAACUAGAGAGGUUUAACGUUAGCAAGGCCAAUACCAAAUUAAAUAGCAAUGGUACGAGUAGUGCAAAUGUAGUUCGUAAUGCAACAAGAAGUGGUGGUCACGGUGGUCAUGGUAGUAAACCGCGAGGUAAAGAUGAGAGAAUGAUCGACUUUCUGCGAGUUGUCUAUCGGAAACUACAAAGAAUCGAUUCGCGGCACGCGAAUAACGACACAAACGUGACAAUGCAUGAGCUGUUGAAUACCAUGAGCAAGAACUUCUUCCACGUAGACUUGGCGGAGCACCAGCAGCGCCGCAAUGCCUCGGCCAGAGCCCACGAGAGCGUCGAGGCCAAGAGCCAGCGUGAGUUUACAAAACUCAAGCGCGAGUUCGAACGUAUCAUGAAGUUCUACAACAAAUCGAUGAGAUGGAGCGAGAAGCAUCUGCGCAAGGAUCUAAGAAAGAAGAAGAAAGGUCAAGCGCACGGUGACAAGGAUGCGAGGAAAGAAAAGAACAAAGAUAAGGACAAGGAGAAGAAGGAGAGAAAACACAAAUCACCGAAUUACUAUAAGGGCUUCUACGAGUUCAUCAAUGACUAUGUAGCACAGAAGUUGUCAGUCUUGGAGGCGCAAAAUGCCACCGAAGAGCUCAUCCGAAAAAUGAGGAUCGACAGCAUAUCUGCACGCAACGGCACUAUGUUCACCGUUGCCGAGAUCUACGCCUUCUUCAAACAUAUCAUCGAGGCCAAAUUGAACUCGACCAAGCUCGAUAACGAGACUGUCGUCACCAAUCUCCCAGUCAGCUCUUCGUCGUCGUCACCGCCAAGAGCAUCAAAAAUCAUUUUGAUCAGCAGCACAACCGUCGUUCCAUCGUCAACCAUCAACUUGAACAAACUUGCGAUCUCCGAAAAUGAGAUACCAGCGUUGGACAGCGAAAAUAUUGAGACGAAGGGUCGCAGCAAACGGAUCCGCGAUGUGUCAACUUUGUCUCCAAUCACCGACGUACGACGUAAGCUAUUGUCGAUCAACAAUCUCUUGGGAGGCGAUAUCUCGACGCCUCGCGAAAAACGUUUUCUGCAAGCUUCUGAGGAGGAUAAUCAAAGAUCCUUGAAGAACGCCUACGUACACGCGUUGGAAGACGCUUACAAGGUAAAUGUCAAGCGUUCGGCUAACGUUCAGCAGCAGACGAGCAUUUGGACGCCGCGUGACCUGAGGAAUCCACGGCGACGACUCGCACGUCGUAGAUUAGGCCAGUGAGCGGAUGAUCAAACGGUUUUUUCAUUGUGAUAUUAUGGAAUUACAUUAACCAACUGAUUUCACGCGCAAAUACUGUACGAGCAAAAACAACACACUCACUUAUUGUACUAACGCUGAUAGUUAAACGCCCGUUUAAUCUCUUAUCCUACUAUUUCUCCACGAACAUCGACACCAUCCGACCAUCUCCUAUCCAUUCAACUUAUCCAUCCAAUUUUUCUGUCCGUCGAUAGGCGCGCACGCGCAUCAUAAACUCGUACGCGUGUGUGUAUUUAUCUGGACAACUUUUUUCAUGAUAAAUAAAAUUUUUUCCAUACACUUAACUGACUGAUCGAUCUUUUGUCGAGUGAGUUCUCGCAGCUACAAAAAAUAAUAACACGCGACUGAGUUCUUUCACAUACCUUUCGAUAUUUUUGUAGAUAUAAUAUUGUGUUUUUUCAAUAAAAACGUUAAU